AUGUCGUGUGGGACUGUGUCCAAUGCUUUGCACAAGUCCAGCUACAUCUCCAUAGAUGAAACACUUCAGAGACUGGAGGCCCAUUCCUUCAACAGUUUGAGUAAAGUCACUCAUAUUGAAAUUCGAAAUCUUAGAAACUUGGAUUACAUAGAUCCAGAUGCCUUUAAGAACCUCCCACUUCUGAAAUAUCUUGGUAUUUUUAAUACUGGACUCAAAUCAUUUCCAGACCUCACCAAAAUCUACUCAUCUGAUGUGAACUUCUUACUUGAAAUUGCAGAUAAUCCUUUCAUGACUUCAGUGCCUGCAAAUGCUUUCCAUGGGCUUUGUAAUGAAUCUCUAACUCUCAAACUCUACAAUAAUGGUUUUACCAGUAUCCAAGGACACGCUUUUAAUGGGACAAAUCUGGAUGCUAUGUAA